UUGCGACUCGUCACACAAUCUUUUUUUUGCACUGGAAUAUUACUUGGCAUAAUUAAAAAAAUUGUUAAUUAAAUAAAGGAAACGAGUGUAAAACGUGAGAUGAGCGAGACUAUAAACACCGCGGCGCAGUUUCCGACCUUCGAGAAACCGACCGUACAAUUCAACGAGCAGGGCUGGGGACCAUGCGAGCUGCCGGACACGUUUAAGGAUGUACCAUACCAGCCGUUUAGCAAAAGCGAUCGCCUAGGCAAGAUCUGUGACUGGACAAGCACUUCCAACAAUGACAAGAAGUAUCAGAACAAGUAUGCCUCCACUUUUGGCACUGGCAACCAGUACGCCUACUACCAUGAGGAGGACGAGACUACUUUCCAUCUGGUGGAUACCGCCCGUGUCCAAAAGCCGCCGCACCAACGCGGACGCUUCCGCAAUAUGAGGAAUUCACGCUCAGGACGUGGCCGCAAUGCUCGCGGUGGUAUGAACUCGCACGGCAUGACAACGCUCAGCGGCAAGAAUGUCAAGGCACGAGAUCCGCGUCGUGGUGUUGGCAAGAAAUUCGGCUCUCGUGGUGCUCCGCCCAAGAUACGCGAAUCUUCGGUGGCCGUGCGCGCUGACUGGCUUUCAAUUGAGGAGAUGGACUUUCCGCGUCUCAUCAAGCUGUCGCUGCCCAAUAUUAAGGAGGGUGAGGAUAUUACCACUUGCGGCACGUUGGAAUACUACGACAAGACGUACGACCGCAUCAAUGUAAAGAAUGAGAAACCGCUGCAGAAAAUUGACCGAAUUGUUCACACUGUUACCACCACUGAUGAUCCGGUCAUACGUAGAUUGUCCAAGACGGUGGGAAAUGUAUUUGCUACGGAUGCUAUUUUGGCCACCAUUAUGUGCUCAACACGCUCCAAUUACUCUUGGGAUAUUGUUAUCGAGAAAGUCGGUGACAAAAUCUUCAUGGACAAGCGCGAUCAUACUGAAUUUGAUUUACUGACCGUCAACGAAACAUCUGUGGAGCCUCCAACCGACGAUGAUAGUUCAUGCAAUUCGCCCAGAAAUCUGGCUAUUGAGGCCACCUUCAUCAAUCACAACUUUAGCCAGCAGGUGCUAAAAACGGGCGAUCAGGAAGCGAAGUACAAGUUUGAAGAGACCAAUCCGUUUAUUAGCGAGGACGAGGACAUUCAAGUUGCCAGCGUUGGCUAUCGCUACAAGAAAUGGGAUCUGGGCAGCGAUAUUGUUUUGGUUGCGCGUUGUGAACACGACGGUGUUCUGCAGACGCCCAGUGGAGAGCCACAAUUCCUAUCCAUUAAGGCGCUUAACGAAUGGGACUCGAAGCUGGCCAAUGGUGUGGAAUGGCGUCAGAAGCUAGACACGCAACGCGGCGCGGUUUUGGCCAAUGAAUUGCGAAACAAUGCCUGCAAACUGGCCAAGUGGACGGUGCAGGCUGUACUCGCGGGCUCCGAUCAGCUAAAAUUGGGCUAUGUCUCACGUAUCAACCCACGCGACCAUUCGCGUCACGUAAUCCUGGGCACCCAGCAAUUUAAACCGCACGAGUUUGCCACACAAAUCAACUUGAGUAUGGACAACGCCUGGGGUAUUUUGCGUUGCAUCAUUGACAUUGUUAUGAAGCAGAAGGAUGGCAAAUAUUUGAUAAUGAAGGACCCGAACAAGCCAAUUAUUCGCUUGUACGAUAUACCUGAUAAUACGUUCGAUUCGGAUGAUUCUGAUGAUGGCGAGGGUGAUGAUGGCGAAGGUUUCCAGCAAGUCUACAAUUAUGCCAACAACGGCAAUAAGAUUUAGGCCCAAGCAUCCCAGCACAAGUUCAAAGUUUCAAGUGUUCUGUGUCGUCGCAGCCAGGAAUAGUAACCACAAUUAUAUACAUUUAAUAACCGGUUGAGCAAUGCUAAAUGGCAAUUUGUUUGCUGCAAGCAUUAAUUGUAAGCAUUUGUAUACAAGCUAUUUAACUAACAGCAUAUUUAUAGUAAAGCACAGACAGCGAAACUUGAAA